AUGGAUAGUGAAGAUAUUACUUAUAUUAUAUUAACACCAUGUAUUGAAUCAUAUCCUUUUGAAGAAAAAUGUAUUCCAUUAUUUCUAAGUGAUGGAAUAUUACCUAUUAAUGUUGGUAGAAAUAUUGGAAAUAUAAAAUCAACAAGAGAAAAUGCUAUUUUUCAUUGUAAAGUAUUAUCAAGAAAUCAUGCUUCUAUUUGGAUGGAAGACAAUAAAUGUUAUAUUUAUGAUACAAAUAGUAGUAAUGGUACUUAUGUAAAUGGUAUUCAACUUUUAAAUAAAAAUAAAAAAAGACAAAAAAAACAACUAUUUACUGGUGAUAUUUUACAAUUUGGUGUUGAAAUAAUAGAUUAUGAAAAUAAAGUUAUUAGUCCAUGUAUAAUUGCUUAUGUUAAAUUUGCCAAUAAAUUUGGUAAAGAAAUUGAAGUAAAUAAAAAUUGUGAAGUAAAAGCUAUUGAUGAUAAAAUAACAUUAUGUGAAGAUAAAAUUUCAAGUUUUAGUAAAGCUAAAAAAGACUCACAACAAAUUUUUGAAUUACAAGAAUUUAUUAAAGAAAUUGUUUUUCGAGAAAGUAUACUAACACAAAAAUUAGAAGCUUUAGAAGAAGCAUUAUUAGUAACGUCUAAAAGUGCUGAAUCUUCGUGGACUGCAUCUGUAAAUGAAAAAAACCUAUUAUCUAGAAUUCAAAGAUUAGAAUGUAAGAUGGUUUCAUAUGAAAAUAAAUAUCCAUCUGAUCCACAUCAAAAAUUUCAAAUAAAUAACAAUAAAGAAAAUAUUGAGAUAACAUUAAAUGAAAUUAUGAAGAAUCAGAAAGAAUUUGAAAAUAAAAUAAAUAAAGAAUUAGGUGAAUUUAAUGAAAAAUUGUCAAAUUUAAGUAAUAUCGUUACUAAAAUUAAUGACAAAUUAUGUCAACAAGAAUUAAAAAUAAAUGAAAAUGAAGAAUCAUGUAAAUUAAAUAAUUAUAAAAUUGAAGAAACAAAUACUCGUCUUACAAGUCAUUUAACUUUAUUUGAAAUAUACAAAAAAACAACAGAUUACAAAUUUACAGAAAUUUCAAAUAAUAAUUUAAAUAAUUUAAAAAAUAACUAUAAAAAUCAUCUAAACGGAAAUAAAAUAUGUUUUAAUUUUGAUGAAACAGAAUCACAGUGCGAAUCUGUAAAUAGUAUCAUUCCUUGUAAUUUUCAAAAACAAAACAAUGAUGAUCGUUCUCAAUAUGAAAAUAAAACUCAACAGUAUCAAGAAAAAGUGGUAAAUGAAAUUAGUGAAUUUUCUGAUGAAUCAUCAUGCUCUUUAUCACCUUACUUUACAUAUAAAUAUUUAAAAAAACCCAAACAAAAAAAUUUGGUACAUAGAUUUAGUAGUAUAUCUGAAAUAAGUUCAUUUACUUCAUUUAGAAAAAGAUAUAAAAAACGUCAAAAGAAAGGUAGAAAAAAGAAAUUUAAAAUUCGAAAAAUUAAUAAAAAACCAAAAUACUAUGAAAAUACUAAGUUAAAUAAAAGUACAUUGAAUUAUGACUUCUCAUUUGAUAUACUUAUUAUAACAUUGCUCCCUUUAGUAGCAAUUUUUACUGCCAUAUUAAUGAAAUUGUCAUAA